GCUGAGUGCAUGAACUUUGUGAAGAUCCUCCAUGCCUACAACCGGACCCACCUGUAUGCCUGUGGCACCGGUGCCUUCCACCCAGUCUGUGCCUUCGUGGAAGCUGGCCAUUACCCGCUCCAGGAGCCCGUCUUCAAGCUGGACCCCCAGCGCACUGAGGAUGGCAAGGGGAAGAGCCCCUAUGACCCCCGGCAUGCAGCCGCUUCUGUCCUCGUGGGCGAGGAGCUCUACUCCGGGGUGGCCACCGAUCUGAUGGGCCGUGACUUUACCAUCUUCCGCAGCCUGGGCCGACGUCCCUCCAUCCGCACUGAGCAGCACGACUCCCGCUGGCUCAAUGAGCCCAAGUUUGUGGCCGUCUUUUGGGUGCCAGAAAGUGAGGACCCCGACGAUGACAAGAUCUACUUCUUCUUCCGUGAGACAGCAGUGGAACGGCAGCAGGGGCUGGGCAAGACCAGCUUUGCCCGUAUUGGCCAGAUCUGCCGGAAUGACAUGGGUGGGCAGCGCAGCCUGGUGAACAAGUGGACAACCUUCCUGAAGGCACGUCUCAUCUGUGCUGUGCCAGGACCUGAUGGGGCAGAUACCCAUUUCAACGAGCUCCGAGAUGUCUUCCUGCUGCAGACAAAGGACAAGCGCAACCCCCUGGUCUACGCCAUCUUCUCCACUUCCAGCUCUGUUUUCCAGGGCUCAGCUGUUUGUGUCUAUACCAUGGCUGACAUUCGCCGGGCUUUCCUGGGCCCCUUUGCACACAAGGAAGGCCCAAACUAUCAAUGGGUGUCAUACCAGGGACGUGUGCCAUACCCCCGCCCAGGCAUGUGCCCCAGCAAAACCUUUGGCACCUUUGGCUCCACCAAAGACUUCCCAGAUGAGGUGAUCCAGUUUGCCCGGCACCACCCACUGAUGUACAACCCGGUGCUGCCCCACAGCCAGCGCCCCCUCUUCCUGCAAGCCUCUGUUCCCUACACUUUCACCCGCAUUGCUGUGGACCAUGUCACUGCUGCUGAUGGCCACUACAACGUCCUCUUCAUUGGCACAGACAUGGGCACAGUGCUGAAAGUAGUCUCAAUGGCCAAGGAGAGCUGGCACCACAUGGAGCCGCUGCUGCUGGAGGAGCUGCAGGUCUUCCAGGAUUCCUCCCCUGUCACUAGCCUGCAGCUCUCUUCAAAGCGGCAUCAACUCUAUGCUGGCUCAGCCACAGCACUGGCCCAGUUGUCCCUGCACCGCUGUGGUGCCUAUGGCAAAGCCUGCGCUGAGUGCUGCCUGGCACGGGACCCAUACUGUGCCUGGGAUGGCACCAUCUGCACCCGUUAUGUUCCUAACACUAAGAGGCGUUUUCGCCGGCAAGAUAUCCGCAACGGUGACCCCAAUAUGCUCUGUUCAGAAGACCCCCGUCGAGGCAGUGUGCCCCGGAAGCAGCUCUAUGGGGUGGAGGGCAGCACUGCCUUUCUGGAGUGCAUCCCCAAAUCCCUUCAAGCCCGUGUCCUCUGGAUGUACCAGCGUACCCCAGAUGACCCCCAGCAAGAGGUGCAGAUGGAUGAGCGGGUGGUGCAGACAGAGCGGGGUGUCCUCCUGCGCAGCGUGCAGCGUGCCGAUGCCGGCCUCUACCUCUGCCACGCCACUGAACACGGCUUCACCCAGCCCCUGCUGCAGCUCUCCCUGGAGGUGAUCGGUGCUCGGCAGGUAGUGGGCAUGGCACCCGCCGAAGACCCCCAGCUCACCGCCGGGCCCGCCAGCCGCAAGGUCUGGUACCGGGACUUCCUCCAGCUGGUGGAACGCCCGCCGUUGGGGGCUGCGGACAGGGCCUGCCAGCGGCCCUGGAGCCGGGGGAGGUCCCUGCCACCUCCACGCGCCCACGCCGGACCCCCCGGCCGCGGCCAUGGCGAGGAGCCGCGCAAAGCUCGCCGCCGGCGCACCCACGAGGGGCCGCGGGCCGAGCGGAGACCCCGCAGCGCAUCCCCCUGGUGA